CACACACACACACGGCUCACUGAUCGCUGCCGGCCAUGGCCACCAGGCUCGACCGUCUUGUCUUGCUCCUGGACACGGGCUCGACUCACUCGGUGCGGCAGACUGCUGCACAACAGCUCGGCCAGGUCCAGAAAGAGAACCCGCAAAAGCUCUACUACCUCUUGGCGCGGAUUCUUGUUCACCUUCGCAGCAAAACUUGGGAAACGCGCAUUGCUGCCGGCCUCGCCAUCGAUGCCAUUGCUAAAAAUGUCCCACAGUGGGACCCAUCCACAACCGAGGCCGACUCGGCAUCCAAACCCAGCGACGACCAUCACCUCGACGACCUUCUCUCAUUCUCCUCUUUCGACAUCGACGUUGUUCUCAAGAAUGGCGCGCCCUUGCUGUCGAGUGCCGGGACCGAGUUCGAUUUUGAUUAUUCAAAGCUGGAUCCCAAGGAGCGUAUUGCUCUGCAAAAGAAGCAGCUGAGGGAACGACUUGGUCUCGGCACCGAGUUCAUGGAUGUUGAUUUUUUCACUGAAGCGGAUAUGGCGUCGUCUGCACCCAACACGGACAAGUCGUCAAAGAAGCAGCAGGCGCAGCUGAUUAUCGAAAACUCGAUCAAGGCCCGGGCCAAAGCAUCGACACCGUCCAUUAAGGACGAAGGUGCCCCCGAGGAUGAGAUCAAUAUGGAGGGUCUGAGUGCUCGAGAGCGCAACCGCCUCAAACGGAAAGCCAAGCUGGCCGCCAAGGAUAAGAGCAAGGAAGUUGUGCGCAUGACCGAUCUAUCGUCCUCGUCUUCCAUGAAACGGCGCAAACUCAACGAUACUUGUGCUGGCGAUUCCGCUGCAUCGCCCGUUGGCGCCAAAGUCAAGAUCGAGAGCGACGCAGACUCGUCCUCCCUCGGACUUGACCCAAACGCUCAUGUCGUUGAACACAAGAGCAACUCCGAUGCCUCCGCUAUUGAUGGCUCUGUGGACGAGUGGCCCUUCGAGGGUCUCUGCGAACAACUUUUGCUGGAUCUGUUCUCUCCCACCUGGGAAGUCCGCCACGGUGCCGCGAUCGGUCUGCGUGAAAUCAUCAAGAACCACGGGUCCGGGGCUGGCAAACUCGUCGGCCUCUCCGAGGCUAUUAACGCUCAGCGCCAUUUGAAUUGGCUUGAGGACGUGGCCUGUCGGCUGCUGUGUGUCCUGGCUCUUGACCGCUUUGCUGACUUCAUCAGCGAUCAGAUCGUCACUCCUGUCCGGGAAACCUGCGCGCAAACUCUGGGCGCACUGCUACGCUGGUGCGACAAUGAGACUUGCCUCAAGGUUCUGAACCAGGGCCUGCUCAAGCUCAUCGAAGGCAGCACUAACCUGGCGGAUGUCGACACGGCCUCCGCUACCGAUCGGCCCAAGGGCUCACGCGGCGGGGGCCGGUGGGAGGUACGACAUGCUGGCUUGAUUGGCCUCAAGUACUGGAUGGCCCUACGAAAGGAUCUCGUGGGCAAUGUGAUUGUCUCAUCGGAGGAAGGUGUGGACUCGGGUGUCUUUACUGCCAUCAUCAACGGACUCAAGGACAGCGACGAUGACGUUCGUGCCGUAUCGUCCUCAGCCCUGCUCCCGAUCACAGACCUGCUCAUUGAGCUUUUGCCGAUACCCAGAAUCUUCGAUUCAAUUAUUUUGACGCUUUGGGACUGUCUCUUGGACUUGGAUGACCUCACCUCGGCAACAGGAUUUGUCAUGGACCUCCUAUCGCAACUGAUUCAAAUGCCCAAAGUUUCGGCGUAUAUCCAGUCAACCCCAUCUUUCUCGCUCUCCAAGCUUGUGCCACGCCUGUACCGCUUUUUUCGCCACGCCAUUACAUCCGUUCGCAUAGCCGUCCUCAAGACAGUCAUGACUUUACUGGAGAUGAAUCUCGCCAUCCUGCGUCGGGCCGAGCCGGACCUGACCCUGGGCUCUGAGAGUAGCUGGAUCAAGAUCGAGCUCUUCCGGCUUUUGUUUCAAAACUUCCUUAUCGAGGAACGACCCGAGAUCAUCAACCUGACCCUCUCCACUUGGGAAAGGCUCUGGGACCUGAACGAUGCACUCUACUCCAAAUCGAGCAAGCCGGAUGCAGUCGCCGGCAUCGAUGUACCUUUCCAGUUCUUGCCAUCCUGGCUCGGCCUCAUUAUGACUCCAAUGGGCACCGCUUUUGAUACCAAUGCGUUUUUCUACGUUCCUACCGAUGCCACGCUGUCCUUGACCCGGCGAGGAGCAGGAGCCAAGACCUCUGUCACAACCGACUCGCAAAUUGCCGUCCACGAUAAGGUCAUGGUCAACCAGGAUCUCACUGUGAUUAGCAUCGACGACAUCAUCCGCGGGCGGCUGGCUUCCUCCAAGGCCCUUGGCGUCAUGAUUCACUCUCUGAUCCAACACGGCACCGACACCAUCCACGGCAGAGUCAAGGAGCUUCUCACCAGCUAUCUCAACAGCGGCUGGGCUACGCACCGCAUCUUUGCCAAUGUUGUUGCCGAAGAGUGGGCUGGGCGCUGGGAAUGCGUCCACCCACCACCCUGCACGAUCGAUCCUCAGGGGCACUUUAUGGUCGAUGCCGUGCCAUUGGCUGGGCAGCUGUGGGAUGUCAUGACAAACAUCUUGAUUGCUGCCGAUUCUGGAGCCGUUGUCACCUUUUACCGCGAACUCAACUCGCCACUCAACCGGGUCUUCCACGAAUCCCAGACGCUACUAUCGACUUUCACAGACGCCGGCGUCCAGGGCGUUCCACCGCUUCCGCCGCUACCUUUCUCCCCGGUCGAGACUGGUCGGCCAACAAGUCUGUUCGGCCCUCAGUUCAACAUUCUGGUUGCCCAGCAAAUUGCUGGCGAGGUAUACGAUCAAUUUUUCCAACUUGUGGGACCCGCUGGCAGGAACGAGCUCGGAGCCGUAAUUGCAGAGAGGCGCGCGCGCCUGAACUACGCCAUCGAAAACUACAACGAAGUUCAGAGGAAGUGGGAGGUGCGAGUUCAUGCAUGCAUGUCUUCGGCCUCUGUGCGGCUGGGCAGACUACCGCCAAAGAUCAACCCCGUGAUCCGAAGCCUCAUGAAUGCCAUCAAGUUCGAGACGAACGAGCAAAUCCAGAAGCGGUCGGCCGAAGGCGUCAGCCGAAUGAUUCAAAUGAACGUGGCGCUGCAGCGACCGGCGGCGAUCAACGACAAGGUCGUCAAGAACCUGGCCGGGUUUCUGUGCUCUGAUACCGAUGUUGUCUGGGACAUCAGGAGCAUUCUGGAAGAACCGACGGGGAUUUGGACACUCCGUCGCCUUGAGACCUCUAAAAAGGAAGCCAAUCCAACUCCAAGCAAGAUACAUGCCGCCGACAAGCCAAAAUCGUCCGGCGGGCGUAAAAAGACAGCAGCAACCGGCUCCUCCGAUGACUCGGGCGCUGUGCUGGCCGAUGCAGCCGCGGCGCUGCCAGCGAAUAUGAGCCCGGAAGACGCUGCACGCAAGGCUCGGCAGAUUGUGCGUCGAGGCGCCGAAAUAGCCGUGAGCGACAUCUGCCUCCGGUUUCAGGACCGUGUCUUUGACGAUGUACCCAAGCUAUGGGAAGUGGCAUCCAAAGCAUUGCUCGAGUUCAAGAACCAAUCUGAUCCGAGCGCGACGGACGUCAGCCCACUGCAUCGCCUCAAGGAAUCGGAAGACUUUACCCAGGAAGUCAUCGACGGACUCUACAUCUCGGCUGUCCUUGCCCCGCAUAUUCACCAGCACUACUACCCCAUGUUCGAGACGCUACUGUCGCCGAUCUGCACCUGCCUUCACGCCGAGUCCGCCCUCGUCCGCAACAUGGCCUCGCGAACCUUGGGAGCGCUGGCCAAGACCCUCACAGUCGAUACCAUGCACGCCAUCAUUUCGCAAGUCAUUCCGCUGCUCAGCGACUCGAUCAAUACGCACUAUCGGCAAGGAGCUGCUGAGGCCAUCUUCCACAUUGUUCAGGAUCUCGAUGUCACGAUUCUGUCGUACAUAAUCUUCCUGAUCGUUCCCAUUCUCGGCCGCAUGUCCGAUCCCGAUGAGAGCGUGCGCUUCAUCAGCACCAACAUCUUUGCCCAGCUUGUCAAAUUGAUUCCCCUCGAGAGUGGCGUCCCAGACCCGCCUGGAUUCUCACAGGAACUCAUCAAACAAAAGACAGAGGAGCGGCGGUUCCUGGGCCAGCUCGUCGGCACGGAGAGAAUGGAGUCGUUUGAGCUCCCUGUCGUCAUCAAGGCGGAUCUGAGACCCUAUCAAAAAGAGGGCGUGAACUGGCUGGCCUUUUUGAAUCGAUACCAACUGCAUGGCAUCCUUUGUGAUGAUAUGGGCCUCGGCAAGACCCUCCAGACCAUAUGCAUACUUGCCUCGGAUCAUCACAUCCGCUCCGAAAAGCAUACCAAAAGCCCCAGCCUGGAUACCCGCCACUGCCCAUCGCUCAUCGUUUGUCCUCCGACCUUGACCGGCCAUUGGUAUCACGAAAUCCUCCAGUUUGCACCGUUUUUGCGGUCAAUGAUCUACACCGGCGGCCCUGCAGAUCGACAGAGGCUGCGUGGACAGUUCCUCAAGCACGAUGCCAUCGUCAUGUCGUACGAUAUCCUACGCAACGACAUUGACGAAAUCAAUGUCUUCCACUGGAACUACUGCAUCUUGGACGAGGGGCACGUCAUCAAAAAUGGCAAAACAAAGCUGACCAAGGCGGUCAAGACCAUCAAGGCCAUGAAGCGCCUGAUCCUAUCGGGCACCCCGAUUCAAAACAACGUGCUGGAGCUCUGGUCGCUCUUUGAUUUUUUGAUGCCUGGCUUCCUGGGCACCGAGAGGCAGUUUAACGAGCGCUUUGGUAAGCCCAUCUUGGCCUCGCGCGAUGCAAAAUCAUCGUCGCGUGAGCAAGAGGCAGGCGCUCUGGCCAUGGAAGCCCUGCACAGACAGGCGCUGCCCUUCCUGCUCCGUCGCAUGAAAGAAAACGUCCUGGACGAUCUCCCGCCAAAGAUUAUCCAGGACUACUACUGUGAGCUCUCGCCGCUGCAGAAGGUGCUGUAUGAAGAAUUUGCCCAGUCCCAUACCAAGAACGAGAUCGAGACCGACAUUGCCGGCCCCUUGGGAGCACCCGGCGGAAGCGGCGCCAAGACCGAGACAAAGGAGAAGGGCCAGCAUAUCUUCCAGGCACUUCAAUACCUGCGCAAGCUAUGCAACCAUCCUGCCCUGGUGCUGAAUCCAUCGCAUCCAAAAUACAAGGCCAUCAUGGCUGCCGAUCCGUCGGCGGCCCGAGAUGUCAAGAAUGCGCCAAAACUCGAGGCGCUGAAGCAGAUCCUGCUCGACUGUGGCAUUGGUGACUCCUCCGGAGGCGAGCCGGGCGCCGAGGCGGCCACCACGACCACGGCACCGCAUCGAGCGCUCAUCUUUGUGCAGCUCAGACCCAUGCUCGACAUUAUUGAAAACGACUUGUUCAAGCAGAUGAUGCCGUCCGUGACGUACAUGCGGCUGGAUGGCACGACCGACGCCCUCAAACGGCACUCGAUCGUCAAAACCUUCAACGAGGACCCCUCGAUUGAUGUGCUGCUACUGACAACACACGUCGGCGGACUGGGACUGAAUUUGACCGGAGCGGACACGGUUAUCUUUGUGGAGCACGAUUGGAACCCCAUGAAGGAUUUGCAGGCCAUGGAUCGUGCUCAUCGUAUCGGCCAGAAGCGAGUUGUUAAUGUCUAUCGCCUCAUCACACGAGGAACGCUCGAGGAGAAAAUUAUGGGUCUGCAAAAGUUCAAGCUCAAUAUUGCCUCCUCCGUCAUCAACCAGGACAACUCUGGGCUGCGAAGCAUGGACACGGACCAGAUCCUGGAUCUGUUCAGUCUCGAUGGUGGCGCGGGUGGUGAUGUUGGUGGCGGCGGGGCACUCGAUCAGGGCCGCGGCGCCAAGAAGAAGGAGGGCAAGAUGACUGCGAAAGAGAUUGUCGAGGGACUCGAGAAUCUUUGGGACGAGAAGCAGUAUGAAGACCUCGAGCUCGAUGAAUUUUUGAAGAAUCUCAAAUAGCACUUUUCUCCUCUGGAUGGCUGACCCAUUAGAUCAUCCGCGCGACCACAUCCACCUUGCUCGAAGCCCGGACCCCGCGGCUGCUCGCCUUCGUUUUCUUUCGUCUCUUCUCUGGAAUGGCAGUAUCGCCCCCCCCCUUCCCCACCUGCAUCGUCUUUGCCAUGCACCCCGCAUGUCGUUUGGACCUGGCUCGGCCAGAGCCUUCCCACUUGCCAAUAUAGCUAUUCACUUGAGUCCCGGACGCUUAGAACGCUGU